GCUGUCGUAAAAGCUAGCUAUUUUCGGUGAUUUCUGGAGACUUUCGAGUAAAGAUGGGAAAAGAAGGGACUGCUGCUUUGGAGUAAUGGAACGGGAGUGUCGUUUUUGAGCCCCAGAAAGUGUGACCGCAAAAGUACCCAGCAGGGAGACGACCCUGCUGAACAAACAUUUGGAGUGAGUGUUAAGUAGCAGGGCCAGACCCUCCAACAUCCACGUGACAUUGGCGAAUUUCUGUUUAACUUGGUGAUUCUCCUCCCUCUAAUUGAGGGAAAGGCCCCCCGCUCUCCCCAUCGCAGGAGGGGCGGAGCAUCCUCUAGAAGCUCGGGAGAGCUGAGCCUGGCCAGUCUUGGGGGAGGGGCUGCGUUUCACGAGGCUGCAGCUGACAAGAAGCUUCAAGUGGAAAUUUUCCUGGACCCGAUCAAGCGCAUAGCCCAGCUGCUGUGUUGGCAAGAGCCCUGUGUGUAUCCUCCUUGCAACUCAUUCUUUCAGACCACAGUUAAGCCCCAGAAAGUUAGUGUGACUACAAAAGUACUGAGCCGCAAGACCCUGCUGGACAAGUAUUUGGAGUGAGAGUUGACAACACAGUCACAGGGCCAGACCCUCCACCAUCCACGUGACGUUGGACGGGCCAUCUGUCUUCAUCAUCACAGGAGGGGGCGGAGCAUCCUCUGGAAGCUCUGGAGAGCUGAGCCUGGCCAGCCUUGGGGGAGGAGCUGCAUUUCACCAGGCUGCAGCUGACAAGAAGCUUCAAGCCCGUGAGAAUCAGGACAUCUGGAUCACAGGGCCAGAUCCUCCACAAUCCAUACGACAUUGGUAUCUUCCACCAUUGUCCCAUUUAAACGACGUGUUCGAGCAUUCUUUGGAAAUACAGCUGGAGGAGAACAGUUCAUAUAAACUGUGAAUUCUUUUAUAGCUCUAAGACAAAAGAGACUUUGGUAAGAGUGUUGUUUUAGUUGGGACUGCCUUAGUAGUGACCAGAAUAGCCAAACACCUCAUUCUCUGAUAACCUCUUGGCACAAAUCUAAAUCAUAAUGGAUGCCGAGUAUGUUCUAUGUAAUUGGAAAGAUCAGUUAUGGCCAGCAAAAGUUUUAUCUCGAUCUGAGACUUCAUCAAACAGUAAGAGAAAAAAGACAUAUUCCCUUGAAGUUGAAAUACUCUCUCUGGAUGAAAAAAUUCAAGUGGAGAGCACAGAAACAAAGGUCCUAAGUAAACCUCAGAUUGACGCCAUUGUUUCCUCACUAGCAGCACAGUCAGAGGUCAGUGCUGAGCCUAAAGAGGAAGGAGCUUAUGAAAGAUCACUAAAAGCAGCACUGACUAUUUUGAAUGAAAGAACCAACCUCAAUCAAGCAAGCAGUUCCGAUGAAGAAGAAACCACUAUACAAUCUGAGGAUGGACCACAAAAGCUUUCUGAUUCACCCCCUCGUAAAAAGUGCCGGAGGCAAGAAGGAGACUUAGUAGAGUGUGUUGAUGAAAGCGAAAGUCCACCCUCUCUGCUAGUACCUUCAGAGAGUGAUACUACCCCAUGUGAUGACAAAUCACAGGUGCCCUCAGUCACUGAGCCUUCUCCAAAUGAAACGGAAACAAAGAUACCUGAAAACUCUAACUGGUGUGAGACUUUCCCUUCCCUUUCAGACGAUGAUGAUGAUGAUGAGAAGGAGAAGAAGAAAAAAUUCGACAUCCCUAUAGUCCUAUGCUUACAUUCCACAAUCAAAGAGGAGGGUGAAUGUGUUAAAGAUGAAAAGUUUGAUCCAAAUUCACCACCAGAUAGCUUCAGUGAGCUCAAAUCUUUGAAAGAGGAGACACAGGACAUCUCUUCCGAGACCCCAGCAAUUUCCUCCGAAUGCACACCCUUGUCAGAGAAUAUUGAUGAUCCUGGGGAAGGUCCCUCAAAUCCAUGCCCAGAUGCCAGUCAGGAUCAACCUCCUGUGGAAUCAGAGACAGGAGCUGCGGCAUCUCCCAGGCCUUGUUCAUGGGAGUGUCAGUUUUCAUUAAGUGCCUCUAACAGUGUUCUAGAUUAUUCACUCCUUCUUGUGAAUAAUGAAAGAAAUCUUGGGAGACUGGACUUUGAGGAUCUUGAGGAAGAACUUCAAGCUUCUGAUAAGUCAGUGCAUCAAAAUUCUAUUGAUGCUUCCAUAUUAGAUGACAAUGAGGAAGAUGAAGAACUCCCACGCGUCAUAUUUCAUUAUGAGACACGUUCAUUUGAAACAGGAAUGAUAGUUUGGUUUAAAUACCAAAAAUAUCCAUUUUGGCCAGCAGUGGUCAAAAGCAUCAGGAGAAAAGAGAGAAAAGCAAGUGUGCUUUUUGUUGAGGCGAAUAUGAACCCUGACAAAAGAGGCAUUAGAGUGCCUUUUAGAAGAUUAAAGAAAUUUGAUUGUAAUGAAAAACAAACGCUUGUCGAUAAAGCCAGGGAGGAGUACAGCGACAGUAUUGACUGGUGUAUCUCGCUGAUUUGUGACUACAGAGUUAGAAUAGGUUGUGGUUCCUUUUCUGGCUCCUUUCUUGAGUAUUAUGCUGCUGACAUUAGUUACCCGAUUCGGAAAGUAAUCAAACAAGAUACCUUCAGGAACAAAUUUCCAAAGCUCCAAAAUGAAGAUACUGGGGAGUCAAUGGUUGUAACUUCGCAAACCAAGAAAAUGUCGUUCCAGAAAAUUCUUCCCGAUCGAAUGAAGGCUGCUCGGGACCGAGCCAAUAAGAACCUAGUGGACUUUAUUGUAAAUGCAAAGGGAACGGAGAAUCAUCUCCUAGCCAUUUUAAAAGGCACAAAAGGGUCAAGGUGGCUGAAAUCAUUUUUGAACGCAAAUAGGUUCACUCCCUGUAUUGAAACAUACUUUGAGGAUGAAGAUCAGCUAGAUGAGGUAGUGAAAUACUUACAAGAAAUCUACAAACAAAUAGAUGAAAGAAUGCUGACUCUGAUAAAAGAUGACAAAAUAAAAUUUAUUUUGGAAGUUCUACUGCCCGAAGCUAUCAUCUGUUCGAUUUCUGCGGUUGAUGGAUUAGAUUACAAGGCAGCUGAAGCAAAGUAUCUAAAAGGACCAUCUCUAGGCUACAGGGAAAGGGAAUUAUUUGAUGCAAAAAUCAUAUUUGAAAAGAGACGGAAACCAUUAACAAAUGAAACUCAUUAAAGUCUCCAAAGUGUCCCAACCAUAACAGCUUUCAUAGAUGUUAGUUUUAAAAAAAUCUCUGAACAAUUCCAACAUAUAAAUAUUUUCCAUAAACAAGAGACUUUUGGUACUGUGUUUACUUUUUUGGCGACCUCUAAAAUCUGUGCUAAUAUAAUAUAUUACUACAUCUUCUUUUUUUAUGCUUCUUCAAGUCAAUUUUAUUAACAUAAUUCAGCGACUCUACUUUCCCAUACAUUUGUAGAAUGCAUAAUUGCUAACUGAUUUUUAAAGGAAAGUAAUUUUUUUUGAUAUUUUUACAUCUAUGCUGUAUAGUUAAAUACAGUGUGCACAAUCAUUUCAAUUUAAAAAUUGCACUGGUAUUAGAUAGUAAGCAAGAUAAUUAGAAAAAAUCUAAAAUCAUCAAUUAUAUAUUUUUUGCUUAAUUUUUAUAAAGUAUUGGGUUUUGUCUUAAGAUAGUUGAUUAUUUUUUCUGCCAUGCUUAUUUAUUUUUGGAAAAAAUAUCUGAGACAUAGAACCAAAGAUAGAGAUGCUUUGCUAUAUAUUAUAACUAACUGCAAUUGCUUUUGCAAGAAAACAAUCUGAAAUUCAGAAAUAAAUAGAUCACUUGCAUGCAGUUUAACACACACGUAUAUGUGAAUAACAUCUGUGCAUGCAGAAAAUCAUUUUGGCAGCCUUGAACAGGAUUGUCCUUUCUACACAUCCCUGAAAUUACCCAUAUGGGAGUGUCUAUAUUCAAUAGCUGAGUGGUUCCUUAAAAAGACAGACUUUUUUGGUUGUCUUCAUAACUAGCAGUGACUGACCAUCUUAAUAUAGCUGUCUGACCACAUGUGGAAGGCAGCUAGAAUCACUGUAUUCAUAGUCUGGUUACUCUAAAUGUAUGAGUCCAGACUGACUGCUAAGAGCCCGUGUAGUUUGAUAUAAACAUAGAAUAUGCAAGCACUUUGUUCUGAGUCUUGUAUUUCCAGAUACGAGAUACAUAGUCAUUUGUCUCAAACCACACAAUCUUGAUCAUGGACUUACUCAUAGAAUAGUUUCAGUUGGUUCUAAUAGUAUAAAUGCCAACUGAUAAUUCAUUCCAGGCUACUAAAGAAGUAGAUGGACCAGAACCUGGGGAUUUGGAAAUGGGCCAUAGAAAGAGCCUGCAUUGGCUUAUAGGACUAUUUUCCGAAUAUGUUUAAAAAUACACCAUUAAAAGUUAAAGUCUGAAAGCCAACUAUUUGUUUAUUCUACCUUGAAACUUUAGUGAAAAUGUUAGGAGAGCUGCUUUAUUUUAAAAACUUGACAUAAAAAUAAAUGUUAAAGGCUUAACAUGAAUCUGUCUGCCUUUUUAAUUUUAGAGUGCAACAACUUUGACUUUGAGCUUUUGUUAUUUUGUCAUAUGGCCAACAUGUUUGUGCAAAAUUUGCAAAAGUUGAUGUCCUGAUUUGCAAUAAAACCGUUGUAUCUUUGACCUUGGAUGUUCACUUCAUCAAAUUUCAGAUUACAGCUACAUAAGUGGGAUUUCUAAAGGCUGAUUAUAUAUACACCUAUAUAUAUAAUUUGCUUGAAAUUUUUGCUUGCUGUAGUCAUUUUAAUGCUUGUUAUACAUUUAUCUAAAUAAACACU